AUGGGCAGCUGCUACGAAAUGUUGGUUAAACUUGUAGUUUUUGCGGCUACCUGGACUUUGUGUACAUCUUCAGAGCUGUACGAUGUUACAACGAUUUAUAGAAUUGAUGAACCAGCUGGUGGAAUCGAACAUGAUGAGAGUCCAAUGUCGGCCGAGAUCCAUGCUCGUACAAACGCCCUCGGACUUCCUUUCCUUGUUGCGGGGAAUGUCGUUGAGCCAGAGGUCGGAGUGGAUAUUCCCAGAUGCGUGGCUCUGAGACUCAGUGAUGUCAGAUGUGAUUGGGAGUUGGACAACUGGGACUGGACUGUCUGGGAACACGCACCGCUUCUUGACACAGGAGACUGGUCUGAACUGCAAGUGACAGGCCUGGCAUCCAAGUACCUCAGAUUUGACGACGCUCUUUUCAUCCGCUUCAACGGCCUAGUACACAACCAGUCUUACAUCCAUGUGGUGUUCACUCCCAGCAGAGCUUACAUCCAGAACCAGGAGAAGUUUUACUACCUCCAGCUCUCCAAGCUUCACCAGAGCUUCUUCCACCGCUGCGACAACCGGAUAUUUGAACGGUUCACUCGCUUCAAGGAUCUCGACGAGAACAUCAUAGCGAUCCAUUGCCAUAAAAUUGCAAACGUUACUCUGCAGAUGGAAAAGUGGAGUUUUGGGAAAGUAAAUGCAGAGAACUAUCUGUUGGUGGAAAUCAACAAGAAUGGAACUAUUCAGUUAUGGAACACCAAAGCUAGGACAGUUCCCAUGAUGAUGUGGGUCGACCCACAGCCGAUACCCAUCAAUUUCUUCACCAUAAGAACUGAUGAGGCUGGCAAUGCACAAGUCAGUGCGAUAAAUUACGGGAAAGGACAAGUUUUGAGCAUGGCCAAGAAUGUAAACAUAGCCUCGAUCACGAGUCCACCGCUGGGGCUAGCCUCAAACAAGCUCUGUGUGUCUUUGGUGUAUCACACACAAAGGUCAACAACACCCACUGUCGUCACAGUAGCCUCUAACACACAGACAGUCAACCUUGGGGAGUUGCGCAAUGAUCAGGAUGGCUGGAAGGUUGAUAGAUUCAAAGUCACUCUACCAGAAUCAAUGUUGGAAGAAGAAGUGAAAGUUCAUAUCAAGUCGAUCAAAAAUGAGGGUGAUCUACAUAUUCAGAGGAUUGCUGGCUGUAACGCUGACGAUGACGAGGACAUUGCCACAAUCUCGGUUCUGGGAGGAUUCUCGACUCCAAAUGACAGAAUGGCUUACAGUGUGGCAGUGAGACCUUCUGCCGGAUCUUUUCACAACCCCAAGUUUAUAACAGUAGGAGACUGUGAGAAUGGGGGACUUGUCUACAGUGAAGGGAAAUGUGCUUGUCCUGCAGGGUUCACUGGGGAUCGUUGCCAAACAGGAUGUGGCGCCAACAGGUAUGGACUUGACUGUGGAGGCUUAUGUUCACUCAGACAGCAGGAAUGUCGUGGUCUCACUCUUUGCACCCCUAUUGUGGGGUGUUUCUGUGCACCAGGAUACAAGGGGUACCACUGUAAUCAAACUUGUGAAGGUAGACAGUACGGCGCAGGCUGCACUCAACGGUGCAACAACUGCGCCGGCCGAUGUGACCCGUACACCGGCGUCUGCACCACGGUGUGCAAACCUGGCUACUAUCCACCUUACUGCAAGACAGUGUAUUCGUACACCCAGUUUGCUCCGCAAGUAAAUGUUUCCACGUACGGCGAGGCGACAGUGACUCCUGAUAUUUACAAUACUUUGGGUCAGGGAAAACCAGCCUUCUAUCAGGUGCAGUACAAGGUGUCCCGUGCUCUGCAGUCGAUCGUCUACCGUACUCUGCCAAUCUCUCAGACAGGUGAUAGUGUACAAGAUGUGGUCAUAACGGGACUUCAACACGGAGUUAGAUACGACGUGCGGGUGAUUCUGAUUGAUCAAGAUCUGAACAGUUAUCAAGGCAAUCUCGUACCUUACAACCAAUUCCUGACCAGCUGUUAUGUACCUGAAGAUUAUGACUACAAACCAAAGGCUGAAACAACAGCUACUUCUAUUACAAUGUCUUGGAGGUAUGAGCCAGACCACGAGUACAGUUGUCCAGUCGUUAAUUACGAGUUGAGCUGGCAGGAGGGUUGGCGCUGGUUGUCUCUCAAUGUUACCAACACGACAGCUACGUUAGUUAACAAGCUGCCAGUCACAGCGUACAAUCUACGAGUGAGAGCUCUCACUAGCAGCGACUACGCUCCUUACUCUAACACUAUUAGUGUCCGCACUGCUAAACAAGCACCUGGUCCCAUCUGGAACUUAACGCUGGUCCAAUCAACAAGCUCUUCCCUCACGUUGUCUUGGAAUCCUCCACUGGACAAGGAUCAUUACAAUAUCAGUUACAUUGUCACCUACGAGUGCAAGAAGCUGACAGUGUGUGAGAGGGAGAGUACAGAGACAGGAGAGGCUCAUGUUGUUCAACCUGUCGUCACCCUGCAAGGUCUACAACCUCUGGCCCAGUAUGUAGUCACGUGCAAGAAGCUGACAGUGUGUGAGAGGGAGAGUACAGAGACAGGAGAGGCUCAUGUUGUUCAACCUGUCGUCACCCUGCAAGGUCUACAACCUCUGGCCCAGUAUGUAGUUACGUGCAAGAAGCUGACAGUGUGUGAGAGGGAGAGUACAGAGACAGGAGAGGCUCAUGUUGUUCAACCUGUCGUCACCCUGCAAGGUCUACAACCUCUGGCCCAGUAUGUAGUCACGUGCAAGAAGCUGACAGUGUGUGAGAGGGAGAGUACAGAGACAGGAGAGGCUCAUGUUGUUCAACCUGUCGUCACCCUACAAGGUCUACAACCUCUGGCCCAGUAUGUAGUCACGGUAUCAGCUGUUGAUGCGGCAGCAGGUCCUAAUGUGUCUGUUGUUGUAUGUGUAGUGCAAGAAGCUGACAGUGUGUGA